GCAUUAUUGUUCUUUGCGCCCAGACUCGCCUCAGGAGACGCGCAGAUCAGUCGACUUCAUACAGAAUCCCCAUUAAUCUUGCUUCUUGAAGACACGGCACAGUCACGGCACUACCAACUCAGUGUCUAAAACAAUUCCCGUUGGUUUCUGUCUGUCUUGAGUAGCCAUGGCGACCGAAAAGCGAGAGAAGCUCGAGGCACAGAUAAAGUCUGUGGACAUGACAGAGGACAUGCAACAAGAGGCUAUCGAAGUUGCAACGGAGGCGAUGGAUAAAUACCAUGUCGAAAAGGAUAUCGCCCAAUACAUCAAGAAAGAGUUUGAUUCACGCAAAGGCGCAACAUGGCACUGCAUAGUCGGCCGCAACUUUGGUAGCUUCGUGACGCAUGAAACAAAGCAUUUCAUCUACUUCUACCUCGGCCAUUGCGCAAUCCUUCUCUUCAAGACCCAGUAAUUACUUGAAGGCAUUCUCAGACCGCAAAUUAUAUACCUUGGCUUGAGAGUUCUCUGAAAGCGGGUUUCAUCGGAGCUAUAUCGGAGUUCGGGAUAUUCUCUCAUCGGUCAAAAUCAGCUCACAUUUUCUACAGUUUGGCAGAGUUUGUAUGGGAAUAGUCACUCAUCCAUCCUCAUCUUCUUAUCUUCUUUUAUUUUCUCGUAUGAUUGAGCGAUGUUGUUAUCUUUGCCCGAAGCUACGAUUUUCCUGAGUAGCACGGUGCAAGAAUCUUAUUUAUUGCAUAUACUAGGGAUAGUGUCGGUAAAGAAUAAAUCGGACUUUGAUUAGGGA